CUUAACGGUUAUGUGCGGUUUCAAAUAGACAAGCAGAUGCGAUAAACUCCACUUUAAGGCGUUCAAAUAUUCACAUACCUCGACAGUGGUGGCCAAAAAAAGGACGAUAUCCUAUUAAAUACAAAGUGUUUUAAAUAUAACGGUGCACAACAGCAGUAUAAAAAUUAAUUUCAAGUGCUAACUGUAUAGAUUACAAAACCGUUAAGACAAAAUGUCACGACAAACCGUUAGUUGGAAAAUGCAAUACAGUUUAUACAUUUUCAGUGCCAUCUGCCUGGCGCAGGCAGCUGCCGUCUACACACGCGAAAUCAUCAAUAAUGCGCCACAGUUACAAGAACGACCAAAUUGGCUGCAGACCUGCAAACGUGCUAAUCCCAACGAAGACAAGUGUUUUCGACGCUUAUUUGAGGGUUGUUUCCCCGCUUUUGCGGCCGGAAUACCGGAGAUCGGUAUAAAAAGUUUCGAACCACUACACAUAGACCAGGUUUCGGUAUCAAAGGGUAGCGGGAACUUAGUACUUUCGGGUGGUUUUCAAAAUCUAAUCAUACGUGGACCCUCAAAUGCAACCGUGCGUCGCGCCAAUCUGGAUCUCGACAAGAAGUUAUUAAAUUUUGAGCUGGACAUACCGUUACUGCGUAUACGCGCCAAAUACAACUUGAAGGGCAAUAUAUUACUGUUACCGCUGGUUGGUAACGGUGAUGUGCGCAUGGCUUUGAAGGAUGUAAAAACCGCCGUAUACACCAAAAUACAUUUAAGCAAUGAACCGGAGGAAGUCAUACGCAUUGAUGAAAUGAAGGUUACAUUCCAUGUGGGCGCAAUGCGUAUACAUCUAAGUGACCUGUUCAAUGGCAAUGAGAUAUUGGCCGCAUCCAUCAACAAUUUCCUCAACGAAAAUGCAAAAGAGGUGAUUGCUGAAUUGCGCCCUGAUCUGGAGUUGGGUUUAGCGGAUAUUUUCCAUGGUUUAUGGAAUAAUGUGUUCUCGAAAAUGCCACUCAAAUUGUGGUUGCUGUGAUUUUCUUAUUAUUUGAAAUGUUCUUUAUUGCUUUUAUAAGUUUUGUUAAAGUUGUAUUUAUUUAGAUAUAAAUUAAAGAGUCAUUCUUAAACGGUU